CGGAAAGUAAACGGAACCAAAAAACAAUUUGCCAGUAUAAAAUAUGUUUUGUUUGACAGUAAAAGAGAAAAUUAAAAAUCUCUUUGGUUACAAAAAAAUAAUGGUGGUGAAUGUUUGCUUUUCGUUGGCGUUCGACUGUUUGUAGAAAAAAAUUGGAAUAGAAAACAUUGUGAUUGAGUGAGCGUUAAUUGCCACAAAAAAGAAAAAGAAGAAGAAGAGUGAGCGUUACUAAAAAAAGCAGUAAGCAGUAAGGAUUUAUUAUUUUCUUUGUAAUUGCAAUAACUUUUGAUUACAAAGUUUGUGUAUGAAGAAAUGGUAUCAACUCAUGCGGAAUUUCUUUAUUUUCAAAACUACCAUGAAAUCUAGAGUUUGAACGAUUCUUUGUAAUAACCCUCACAAUGAAUAUACCAUCUAGUAAUAGAGAUCUAGCUACGCCUCUGUCAUACAAGAGCUUCAGUUUUUGUAAAACUGAAGAUAGCGGUUAUCAUACUUCUUUUGCAUCACCAUCGUUAGAAUGUUCCAUAUCUAGUGAGACCUUGGAUUCAUCUCUUGUUUGCCCUAAUUAUUGUAAAUUACAAGUAGAGUGUUAUUCCAUCACACCGAAAUCUGACGGAAGAUCAAAUGCUUGUUAUAGUAAUAGGACAAACACCCCAAUAAGUUCAGAAACCCCACCAUUUAUAAAGAGGGGUAUUAAGCGCCCUUAUGAAGAAGAAAAAGGACAAAAUGAAAAUAAUUGCAAUAUUGCAACACCUACAAGUUUAAUAGCAAGUGAAGUCCGCAAACUAAAUGUUCAUGAUAAUAAGUUGAAUUCAACAACAGCUUCUUGUGAUUCUGGUCAAUUAGAUACAAUUUUAAAUGAUAUUCAUUAUAAAGAUUACUAUGAAGCUAUAUCACAUCCUACAACACCAAUUAAAAAGAUUUGUAGGAGUAGUUGCAAUCUAAGUCCUUUUAAUCGCCGUAAAUCUGCUAGAAAAGUAGAUUUUGCUAUCCAUUCCUUAUCAUGUGAAAGACAGGUUAUUAAACUGCAAUCAAAACCUCAGUCAAAAGUAGCCAAAUCAAUUUCUUUUGCAUAUAAACCCAACCAAAAAAUUGAUAUAAUACAGAUGUUAUACAACCAUGAAGAUUAUUGCAGUACUUCUAUUAGAAAAAUAUUAAGCUUUUUAUCCCAGGAUGACAUUUACAAUUUCACAUUAGUCAGUCCUGUGUGGUGUGACAUCUUCAAAAGCACAAACACAAAGCAAAAUUGCUACAGCUUUUUCAACAACCUAAAAAGUAAUUUGGAAAAUCGGGAUCAAACAGAAGUACAAAGGACUGAUAGUUAUAACCAAAUCAAACCAUUAAAAGAAAUUCAGAAUGUGAAUAUAGCUAUUAGCACUCCAAGAAGUCCAACAAGAAGUCCCCGUACCACUAGAUUCAACAAAUUUACUAAGGCAGCAUCUCUAGACGACCGCAGUCAGUUAGUAUGCAUUAACUGCAGACAUCCAGCUAAGGUAACCAUUGAGGCAUGUGGUGAAGAAUGGGUGGAGUGUACUAGUACUUCGUGUGCUCACCAGUUCUGCAGGCUGUGCAAGUGUGGCAGGCAUCCAGGUAAAAGUUGUGUACAGUAUGAUCUUGUCGAUGGACCUAGUCCAUCAAAAAGGAAGAAAAACAAUUGCUCUGUAAGCUCUAAUAAGAGUAAAAAGAAAUUGAAAAGACUACUUUUUUAAAAACUCUACGAUGUAGUCUUUAAUAUGUAAUAUAAACCAGUGAUUUGUCUUUAUUGAUAUUUAAUUAUUUAGGUAUAGAUAUUUUAAGUGAAAAGAUAGCAUAAAUAGUGUGGGUCUUCUUUUUAAAAGAGUUCCAAUACACUGUUCAUUAUGCUAUUACCUAUACCUCCAAAGAUACUACACAGUUUUUACCCACAAAAGACUUAAUUUUAAUUCCAUGUGAGAUUAUUAGUAUUUCCAGUAACAGUGACA